AUGACGGCUCUUCAGCUUCUCUUCGACCUAACUUUUCUUAUCACAACUGUUGAAUCGUUCGAGGUUGCACAAAAUAAAAUAAAAAUCCAAAAGUAGAAAAAAAUUCCAGCUCAUCAUCUACACUCAAUCUGGCCACUGGUAUAUCCAUUUUUGGGUCAUUUUUCUGGCGAUUUCGGGCGGUUUGACAUUGAUUUCAGGUGAGAUUAAAGAACUUAGAAAGAAAAAAGGCUUUUCCAAAGGUAUCUUCAUAAUCAGCGCAGUCGUGGCAAGGCGUCUAAUGAUCAAAAACUUGGGAGACGAUAUUCAAUACAGCUUGCUCGAUGUGAGCUUGAAAAAAUAUUUUGGCCUUGAAAAUGAAUAUUUUUAGUUUGAAAACGUUGGCGCCGAUUGGGUCGACCUCCAAAAACCGGUCGAUAAACAUAAGGUAAAUUGCUCAGGAGUUUAGAGUGGUCCCUAUAGGGGUCAGGGACAUAGACAGUCCAUACAGAGGCCGAAAAAUGGUCCCUAUAGGGGUUUAGAAUCUGACUCCUUACCCUCUAAAGCUUAAGUGGUCCCUAUAGGGAUAAAAUUAAGGACGUCCCUAUAGGGGUUAAGGCUGAGAACAACGUCUACAGGAGCCGAAAAAGUGGCCCCUAUAGGGAUAAAAUUUAGGUGGUCACUAAAAGGGUUUAGAGUCUGACCCGUAGCCCCUAAAGCUUAAGUGGUCCCUAUAGGGUCUCUUAGUUUCAGGGCUACAAACUAAAACUCCUAGGGACAUUUUUGCAAGCUUCAGGGGCCCCCUAUAGGGGGUUGGUAAAAGUUGCCCCUAUAGGGACCACUCUGGAAAUCCUCAGUAAUUCAUCUUUCUUUUCAAAUAAAGAAUUUACAGGAGACAUCAAAAGAGAAGUCGAGCGAGAAAAAAGGCCUUUUGGCGGCCAAGGAAAAAUUCCUGAAAGAAAAGGCAGAGAAGUCGGCAAGUUCUCGAAAGUCCGGAAAAUCCAGCAAAUCAGCAAAUGAAUGA